CUGGGCUCGGCCUGCCUGCUGGGGAGAUGCUUGGACAGAGUCCCAGUGCUGCCCAUCCCGCUGUGGUCCACGUGCGGGUUGACCACAGCGAGGUUCUUGCCCCAGGCUGGUUCCGGGUUGCCCCUCUAACAUUAGACAGGGAGGCCCACUGGGUGUAAGGAGUCCAAAGCGGCCACCCCUUCCUCGAGCAUUUUAUGUCCCAGUCAUGUGCUGUCUCAGAGCUGAGCUGCGGUAGCCCGCAGCUCACCUUUCCUUCUGGAGUGGUGGUGUGAGUUGCCUCCUCCCCCCAUUGUGGUUCCUCCAGGAGAGAAGCACCUGGUGUGGCCCCUGAGUCACCAUGGCUCCUGCGUGAAGGCCCAGGAUGCACAUUGCCUGUGUGUCCUCAUUGGCCUAUUCAGGACCAAACGGUUCUCCCUGCCCAGGGGCAGAGCGUGGCCUUCUGGGAGCUGGAGCGCCUUCCCCAACACAAUGUGCCCUUCUGACCUGAAUGUUAGAAAUGCUUUUUCCAGGUGGAGAAAUGCGCACGAGACUUGUCUCCCUUCUGGCUCUGGAUCAGAUACCGUCUAUCACUGUUCCUAGAGCGCAGGCCCCUGGAGCCUGGGCUCUGAGAUAAGGCUCUUCGCUGCACCCCAGCACUCUCCUCCCUGUGGUGACUUUCCCUUAUCGGGACCCCUUCGGGCAGGAAGGAGCAGGGUUGCCAGUGGGGAGACGUCGGGUACAGAUGCAUCUUGAAGAGGGCUGCGCUCUGCAGUUUUACAGAGCUCGUGUCCAGAUCUGCAGUCAGACUGCAGCCAGUCGCACCUUUCCAUGGCAUCUAGUCCUGUGCAUCCCCACAUUCCGGUCACAUCAUUGGUUCUGCAUAGUUUGCACAUCUCAGAAGUUUCGGCCCUAGUGAGAGCCCGGAUGAGGGGACAGCCGGAGAGCUGUGCUGUGAGGAGGGUGAUCAGCACGCUGCAGUUAGUGCCGUCCCUGCACCCUUCACACACGUGGGGGUGGGAGGCCCUGGGGCUUGGGGGCCGCAGCCGGGCACACCUGGGCCGGGGGAGCCCCCCCCCACGUCUGUGAGCCUCACCAAGCGGCCCUUCAGGGCAGUGCCAGCUCCGGCUCUUGUCCUCCCUUAGAAGAAAACUGCAUCUCGUUUCUCUCCUGAGUUUCAUAGAGCAUGCCGAGAGAGGACAGCAUGCGCCUGUAGCCUAUGCUUCACAUGCCUUUUACCUCGUAAUUCUAGUGAUUUCAUGUCCCUGAGCUUGGGGACUGCUUCAGAAGGGGAACUGGCAGAAAUCUCCAGGUUCUCAGAUGUCAUUCUGGCAACAAUUUUGGCGACCAAGUCUGAAAUGUGUGGCCAAAAAUUUGAACUGAAGAUUGAUAACGUGCGGUUUGUUGGGCACCCGACACUACUGCAGCAUGCUCUGGGGCAGGCCUCAAAAACAGAUCCGUCUCCGAAGAGGGAAGCUCCCACCAUGAUUCUUUUUAAUGUGGUGUUUGCACUCAGGGCCAAUGCAGACCCGUCGGUGAUAAACUGUCUGCACAACCUUUCCCGCCGCAUCGCCACCGUGCUGCAGCACGAGGAGCGCCGCUGCCAGUACCUGACACGAGAGGCCAAGCUGAUCCUGGCGCUGCAGGACGAGGUGUCUGCGGGCGCUGACGCAAAUGAUGGUUCUCAGUCCCCAUUCCAUCACAUUCUGCCCAAGUGCAAGCUGGCCAGGGACCUCAAGGAAGCUUAUGACAGCCUGUGCACGUCUGGCGUGGUGCGGCUCCACAUCAACAGCUGGCUGGAGGUGGGCUUCUGCCUGCCGCACAAGAUCCACUACGCCUCGGCCACCCUCAUCCCCCCCGAGGCCAUCGAGCGGAGCCUGAAGGCCAUCCGCCCGUACCACGCUCUGCUGCUGCUCAGCGACGAGAAGUCCCUGCUGGCCGAGCUGCCGCUCGACUGCUCCCCAGCCCUGGUGCGCGUGAUCAAGACGGCGUCCGCUGUGAAGAACCUGCAGCAGCUGGCCCAGGACGCGGACCUGGCCUUGCUUCAGUGCCAGCCUGGACAGCACCGGGUCCCAAACCCCACAGCACCCAGUGAUGAGAAGGCUGUGUGCUUGCUGUGCCGAGCUCCUGGGUGGGGCCGGCCUCGGCAGUGCUCUCCCAGCUCCCGCGGCCUGCAGGUUUUCCAGCUCGCGGCUCACCUGGUGUACUGGGGCAAGGCCAUCGUCAUCUACCCGCUGUGUGAGAACAACGUCUACAUGCUCUCCCCCCACGCCAGCGUGUGUCUGUACUCUCCGCUGGCCGAGCGGUUCUCCUGUCAGUUCCCAGCUCACGACCUGCCGUCUGUCCUUGCCAAGUUCUCCUUGCCCGUUUCCUUGUCGGAAUUCAGGAACCCCCUCGCCCCCCCGGUGCAGGAGACCCAGCUCAUCCAGAUGGUGGUGUGGAUGCUGCAGCACAGGCUCCUCGUGCAGCUGCACACCUACGUGUGCCUGAUGGCCUCGCCCAGCGAGGACGAGCCGCCACAGCGAGAGGACGACGUGCCCCUCACCGCCAGGGUUGGCGGCCGCAGCCUCAGCACGCCCAACGCCCUCAGCUUUGGUUCCCCAACCAGCAGUGACGACAUGACCCUCACCAGCCCCAGCAUGGACAACUCCAGUGCGGAGCUCCUCCCCAGUGGGGACUCCCCGCUGAACAAGAGGAUGACGGAGAACCUGCUGGCCAGCCUGUCGGAGCACGAGCGGGCAGCCAUCCUCAGCGUGCCGGCAGCCCAGAACCCCGAGGACCUGCGCAUGUUUGCCAGGCUCCUGCACUACUUCCGGGGCCGCCACCACCUGGAGGAGAUCAUGUACAACGAGAACACGCGGCGCUCCCAGCUGCUCAUGCUCUUCGACAAGUUCCGCAGCGUGCUGGUGGUGACCACCCACGAGGACCCGGUCAUCGCUGUGUUCCAGGCACUGCUCCCGUGAGGCCAGGCCCCCGGCCAGCAGGCAGGCAGGCUCCCCCGGACCUGGGCGUCCCAGCCUUUCACCGGGUUGCGCCCUCUCGUCCCUCAGGCCUGACUCCAGUGUAGCAGCAGCCUUGGGCCCCCUGUGUGCCAGCUUCUCUCUCAUCUGGUCCUUGACGCAGCCUCCGUGUCUGAGCCGAGGCGGCAGGGCCUUGGCUGGAGGGAGUGUCGGGGACUCGUGCCUCAGAGGCAGGCCUGCAUUUUCCUCGCACCCAAGUUUGGGCCACGUGUUUCUUUCAGACCCUCUCCUCUACCCUGUCCUCAUUCCUGGGUCCUAUCCGGUGCUGCCUCGCCAUGGCCACACUGGGGGACACACACAAACCGGUCUGCCCGCCCUUCCAGGGGCCUCACCACAGCCCUUGUGCCAGCUGCCAGGAGGCUCGUGCCCAGGCUGUCACUCCCUCUCUGACGCCUGAUGCACCAGGGACGGGGCUGAUCCCCGUCCUCGGAGGGAAUCUGCAGUGGCACACGCGACCCUCCCUCACACGGGCCUGGGGAACGAUGCGUCCAGCCUCCUGCACACACACGGCUCCCAGCGCCCUGUCCUGGAGGAAUAGUGUCGACAAGCGCGUGCUGGCGACUGCAGGGAGCUCUGGCAGAGAUGCAGCCAAUACUGUUUUCUAGACGUAAAGCAUUUAUUUGGUUUUUAAACAAUUAAAAAGCCUGGUCCGAGCAGGCCCUUGCUCAGGCCUGUGCGUUC